AUGCCAUCACACUACCACAGGCAUCAUGGAGAUCAUCAUCACACGACGGCGACAAGUCACCGCUCAUCACAUCCGAAGAGCUUGAAGAAAGAAGACUCAACUGAACGAUCACAAAAGUCCAUCUCAUAUGCGGACGAGCUGGGAAAAGCUCUCGCGACGAUCGCUUGCGAACGCGUGGUUUAUUCGCCAAGACCGAAAAAACACAAAACCCUAGUAGAUGGUUCAGAAAAAGAGAAAUCUGCUCAAUCCUCUCGUGAAUCUGAAGAGACCAAGAAAUCUGCCAAUCCGUCGAAGGGAGCGGUGAAGUUGACAAAGACGCCAAGAAGAAAGGUCACUCCACGAAAAGAAAUCAAAAAUAGGACAUCAAGAAUAGAAUUAAAAGAGAUGGACAAUGACGUACCGAUGCACGGGACAUUGCAUCUUGAAGUAAACAUUAAGCAAGAAACUCACUGA